AUGCCUUCCCCAGCAGCAGGAAAGGGUGACACCCCCCGCACCCCUACCAAGCUCGGACGCAAGCCGCAAUCAUCUGCCCCCAAGUUGAACAAGCCUCAGCAAGGCAAGUCGGAGGACGCCCCCACCCCCGAUGUGCCCGAGCAAGCAGAGGAUUUGAAGCAGCAAGGACAGGAGAAGGCCGAGGACGCAAAGAACCAAGCGCAAGACACCGCCGAAGACACCAAGCAGCAGGGUGAGGAAGCUGCCCAAGACACCAAGGGCAAGGCGGAAGAGGCUGCUGAGGACACUACCGGCAAGGUUUCACAAGCUGGUGAUGAACUCGAGCAAGCCGACCCCAAGCCAAUCGACGACGACAACGACGCCGAUGAGGAAGAUGACGACGACGCUACACACAAGGCUGGAGACGACGCGGAAGACACCGCCGAGGACACUGCCGACAACACAGAAGACGAUGCAACAGAGACUGCCAGCAAGGCCGCUGACACCGGCAAGCAGGCAGGUGGCGGUGCGUUGAGCGGUGCUCGCGGUCUCGCUGGCCGCGCAUCGAACCUCGCUGGUAAGGCUAAGCAGGACCCACAAGGAGCUGCUCAAGAUGCCGGCAACGACGUUCAGGAGGGCGCCCAGGAGACAGCGGAAGAUGCGCAGGAAACUGCGGAAGACACCGCUGAGGGCGCUCAAGACACCGCUGAGUCUGCCAAGGACACCGCAGAGUCCAAGGUUGGCGACGCAAAGGACACCGCUGAAGAUGCCACUGAGGAUGCUCAAGGCACCGCAGAGGACGCAACUGAAGACGCUCAGAGCAAGGCUCAGGAUGCUACCGACGACGCCAAGGACGCCGCCGAGGACGCUACCCCCGACCUGAGCCUGCUCAAGGGCCUCGAAGUUGACGAGGAUGGCAUGAUCAAGAAUGCGGAUGGCAGGAAUGUCGGACGCCUCGUUGAGGGUGAUGCUGAGGACCUCGCUGGCUACCCCAUUGGCGACAACGGAGAGAUACUUGACGACGAUGGUGAUCUCGUUGGCCGCUGCGAACUCACACCCGAGAUGGCCGAGGAACAGGCCAACGAAGCUGCUGGUGAGGCCGGCAACAAGAUGCCCAACAUCAGCGUCUUGAAGGGUCUUACCGCUGACCGAUCUGGUCAAAUCCUCAACGAGGAUGGCGACUUUGUCGGUCACCUGGUUGAAGGCGACCCAUCCGCCAUCCAGGGCAAGGAGUUCAACGAGAACGGCGAGAUCCUUGACGACGACGGCAACGUCAUCGCCAAGGCAGAGCUUUCACCUGAAGCCGCCGACCUCCCUGCUUACCAGCAAGAUGAUGAUGAGGAGGAGGAUGAGGAGGAUGGUGGUGCCACUGAAGGCGUCACCGAAGGCGCCACCGAUGCCGUUGACGGAGCCAAGUCUACAGCAGAGGAGAAGGCUGCUGAUGUUGAGGACGAGCUUCCUGGUGUUGAGGCCCUCGAGGGCAUGGAGAUCAACACCCAGGGAGAGAUCCUUAACGACGACGGCGAAGUCGUUGGCAACGUUGCUGACGGCGAUCUCGAGAACAUCGACGACGUCAAGGGCCUCACCGUCAACGACAAGGGCGAGGUUGUUGACAAGGACGGCAACGUUCUCGGCACGGUUGAACUUGCUGAAGGCGCUGCUGACAAACUCAAGGAGUCCGCCUCCGGUGCUCUCGACACAAGAAUCUUGGACGGCCUCAAGGUCAACAAGAAGGGCAAGGUCCUUGAUUCUGAAGGCGAGGAGAUUGGUGAGCUCAAGGAAGGUGAGCUCAGCGAGUGUGCUGGCAAGAAGCUCAACGACAAGGGUGAAGUCCUCGACAAGGACGGCAAUGUCAUUGGCAAGGUUGACGUUGUUCCUGGAGAGGCCGCUUUCACUGCCAUCAAGGAGCUUAAGGAGCAGCUCGGCGAGCCCCUUGAAGGCGAGGAGGAAGAGGAGCAAGAAGAAGAGGGCGAGGGCGAGCCCGAGAUGAAGGAGAUCACCCCCGAGAUUGACGAGCUUGAGGGCUUCAAGGUCAACAAGAAGGGCCAAGUUCUCGACGAGGAGGGUGAACCCAUUGGUGAGCUCAUCGAGGGUGACGCUGCCAAGUGUGCCGGUAAGAAGAUCAACGAGAAGGGCGAAGUCGUCGACAAAGAUGGCAACGUCCUUGGCAAGGUCAAGGCACUCCCCAAGAUGGUUGAGGCUUCCGAAGUCCCCGAACCUGAAGUCAAGGAAGUUGAAGUUACACCAGACAUCAACGAGCUUGAGGGCCUGAAGGUCAACAAGAAGGGCCAGGUCCUUGACGAGGAGGGCGAGCCUAUCGGUGAGCUCAUCGAAGGUGACGCUAAGGAGUGCGCCGGAAAGAAGAUCAACGACAAGGGCGAGGUUCUUGACAAGGACGGAAACGUCAUUGGAAAGGUCCAGGCUCUCUCCAGGAUGGUCCAGCAGCAAGUCGAUGAGGCUGAGGAUGCCGCCGAGGACGCUGGCGAUGCCGCCGAAGACGCUCAGGACGCCGCUGAGGAUGCUCAGGAUGCUGCCGAAGAAGCUCAAGACGAUGGCCGUCCUCCUCUAUCUAUUCUUGAUGGCCUCACCGUUAACAAGUCCGGCAAGCUCGUCGACGCCAACGGCAACAUCGUUGGUGAGCUCACUGAAGGUGACGCGAAGAAGCUGUCCAAGUCUGGCAACACUUGCGAUGCCGAAGGCCAAUUCUGGGACAACAAGGGCAACGUUAUUGGCCGCGCCCAGACCGUUCCUCAGGAAGAAGGCGAGGAGGAAGCUCCCUUCGCUGGUCUUGAUGGCCUUGUUGUCGUCAAGGAUGGCUUCGUCGAGGACGACAAGGGCAACCGCGUCGGCCAGGUCGUUGAAGGCGACGCCAAGAAGCUCGUCGGUCGUUCCGUUGACGAGGACGGUGAUAUCCUUGACAAGAAGGGAUCAGUUGUCGGUCACGCCGAGCGCUACGACGAGCCCGAGGAGGAGGCUCCUGAAGAGGAGCAGCCUGAGGACUUGUCCAUCCUUGAUGGCAAGACCGUCAACAAGCAAGGCAACGUUAUCGGAGAUGAGGGUGUGCCAAUCGCUCGCCUCGUCGAGGGCAACCCCAAGGAAGUUGCAGGCCGCAAGAUCAACGAUGAGGGUCUCAUCUUCAACGACAAGGGCAAGCAGAUUGGCCGUUGCGAGCUUAUCCCCGAGAACGAGCGUGAGAGCAAGCCUGAGGGCAUCUUCGCUGGUCUUGAGGGUCUCCGCGUCGUUCAAGGCGGCAUGGUUGCCGACGAGGAUGGCAACACAGUUGGCCAGAUUGUUGAGGGCAACCCCAAGCGUCUUGUUGGCAUGGCUGUUGACGAGGAUGGCGACAUUCUUGACAAGUACGGCAACGUCAAGGGCCACGCUGAGCCUCUUGAGGAGGAAGAGGAUGAGGAGCCUGCCGACCUUUCCAUUCUCGACGGUCUCACCUUGAACAAGCAAGGUUACCUUACCAACAGCGAAGGUAUUCCUGUCGGAAAGCUUGUCGAGGGCAAUGCUGCCGAGCUCGCUGGACGCAAGUCUGACGGCGAUGGUCUCAUUCAUGGCGACACUGGCAAGGUUGUCGGUCGCUGUGACAUCAUUCCUCCUAACGAGCGCCCUGAGCGCAAAGAGGGACCGUUCGCCGGAUUCGAAGGACUCCGCGUGGUCAAGGACGGAUUCGUCGAAGACAACGACGGCAACCGUGUUGGCCAGCUUACCGAAGGCGACGCCAAGCGUCUUGUUGGUCACACAGUCGAUGAAGACGGUGACAUUAUCGACAAGUAUGGUAAUGUUAAGGGUCAUGCUGAGCCAUGGUCCGAGGAGGAAGAGGAGGAAGUCGACCUCUCCGCUCUUGCUGGCGCCACUGUCAACAAGGCCGGCAACAUCGUUGACUCCAGUGGCCAAGUCAUUGGUCGCGUUGCUGAGGGUGAUCCGGCUACCCUCGCCGGCAAGAAGGUCGAUGGUAAGGGCCAGAUCUGGGACAACGAAGGUAACGUCAUUGGACGUGGUGAGCUUGUCCAUGGCGCAGACAACAGACCCGAAGGCCCAUUCGCUGGCUUUGACGAGGCAACUGUCGUUAAGGACGGUACUGUCCAGACACCCGCUGGCGACAUCAUUGGUCGCGUCAUUGAGGGUGAUGUCAAGAAGCUCACUGGCCACAAGGUCGAUGAGGAUGGCGACAUCAACGACAAGAACGGCAAUGUCAUCGGAAAGGCUGAGCGCUGGGAGCCCGAGGAGAAGGAGCGUCGCAUCAACCCUAUGGCUGGCAUGCGUGUCAACAAGGAGGGUGAGGUCCGUGACGAGAACGGUGAUGUUCUGGGUCGCCUCACUGCUGGUGACCUUGGUCACUGCGCUGGCCUCGAGAUUGAUGACAACGGCUAUGUCAUCGACAACGAUGGUAACAAGGUCGGCGAGGUUACUCUCUUGGAGAACAUCCAGGAAGAGAACGAGGACGAGACCGACGAAGAGAGGCAACGUCGUGAGGACUCCGAGCUGGCCAAGAAGAUGUCCGCCAUCUGUGAGGACACUCUUCAGCGCGUCCAGCCUGUCAUGAAGCAGAUUACUGAGUACAUCGAGCAAGCCGAUCGCACACCUCGCGACGAGCUCGACGAAGAGGAGCUUGUCAACAACGUCAAGCCUCUCAUCGAGGAGGGCUCUCGCAUUCUCAACGACUGCAACGGCUCACUCCGUGGUCUGGACCCCGAUGGUCGUAUCGCUGCCCAAGCCAAGGGUCGUCAACAGACUGGCGAAGCCUCUCCCGAGGAGUACAAGCUGGCCGACAACCUCAAGGAGCUUACUACCACAGUUGUCACUACCAUCGACAACGCGAAGAAGAAGAUCUCCGACAUGCCUCACGCCAAGAAGAAGCUCAACCCUCUCUGGGCCCUGCUCACCGAGCCCCUCUUCCAGAUCAUCGCUGCUGUUGGUCUGUUGUUGACGGGUGUACUCAACCUCGUUGGCAAGCUGCUUAACGGUCUGGGUCUCGGUGGCCUUGUCAACGGCUUGCUAGGUGGCCUUGGUAUCAACAAGCUGCUUGGUGGCCUUGGACUUGGCGGCCUGGGCGAUAUGCUCGGAGGCGGCGGCGACAAGGACAAGAAGAAGAAGGGUGGUUCCGGCCCUAUGAGCAUGGUCGGCGGCCUGCUCGGCAAGAAAUAG